AUGGAGAGUGCAGUGACUCAAGUCGGGUGGGAUGAUUCAUCCUACAUUUGGGAGAUUCGUGACUUCCUCGACCUCCGUGAAAUGGCCAGGGAAGACCCUUCAUGUUCUGCAAGUCGAUUGGAGAGUCCUGUUUUCAAGUGUUUUUCUCUCUGGCUCUUCCCUAAUGGCCAGGAACAGCACGACUCCGUUGGUUUGAUAGACCUCGCUAUUAUGUUUAAGGGGAAACGGGGUUCCGUUCGAGCUAAGUGGACUGCCUGCUUCCUCGAUGAGAAGGGAGAACCGAUACCCCGUACCCGGCUGUCAGAUCCUUUGAAGAAAUACUCCCCUGCGGGCGACGGCCGCCGAUUCUCAUAUGCGCCAUCGCCAGAGACUCUUGAUUCUUGGCUUUCAAAUGGAGCUUUGCGAAUCCACUGCCAAGCGUUUAUUGCUCUUGAUUGCAAGUCUACGCCAGUUCAACGACGUCCGCAACAAAUGCUACUAUUCAUCCACACGGACACGUGCGACGUGCUCAAAGAGCUUAAAAGCACAUGCACUCUUGAUGAGAAGAGGCAACGUAGAGAAGCUCUUAUGGGCCUCAUCACGGCAGCAGACAAAUAUGACGUACAUGGGCUUAAAGAAGAGUGUGAGCAUCAGCUAACAGCCUUGGUGGACGAAGAUUCUGUGCUUGACGUGCUGCUGUUCGCGGAGUCAAGGAAUUUUACUCGACUUUUGGACGCAGGCCAGAAGCUGCUGCAAGGAAUGCCAGCACUUCGGCUAUGGACUAAUUGGCGAAACAGACAAACAGGCCUUCCAAAUCAGUUGGCACCUUGUGAAACGCGAGAGUGCACGGGAGAAAGUUGCAGUAACUGGGGCGGCGCUGAUGGGCAUGAAAUGCUGUCUGUUUGCGCCGCGGCCGAAGUUUCGUAG